UUAUAUCGUACAAAUUGGUGUGAUAAUGUUGAUAAAAAUUAGAAAACGGUGACGGAAAAAAGUGUAGGAUGAUCUGGUCAAAAUUUGUAGAGCAACGAUCCAUUUGAAUUACUCCAUCGGACAUUUGAAGCGUCUUCUAUGAUUUUUAUCUCAUUGAAACCAGCCUUCUCAAUUUUACAGGUUUUAAUAUCGUGCCACUGAUUCCGUAAAUUUGCAGAUGCAAUUAAGAAAAGAGGACGCAAUAUCAUUCAUUAUUUUUAUAAGUGAAUUAUUAUUUCUCAUUCAAUUAUAUCACUAUAGAGAAAAUAAAUUUUUUGGUUAUCAAAUGAUAGAAAAUUUGAUAAAAAAUUUAGUACAAUUUUAUAAUUCAAAUCAAAUGGAACAUUUUAUAUUAGAUUAUAUACAGAAUUAUUUUCAAUGUUGCGGUUAUAAUGAAUGGCAUUAUGAAUGGUAUAAUAUUACUAGACAAAUAAUAAAAAAGGAUACAAAUCAAUUUAUUGAUUAUUGGGUACCAAAUUCAUGUUGUAAAAAAAUGUAUCAAAAUGAUAAAUAUUGUGGUUAUGCCAUUUAUCAUAUUCUUAUUAAUAAUAAUGAUUAUUUUAUUAAAUUACUGAAAUCUUAUCAACCAAUAUAUAUACCUAAUAAAUGGUAUAUCAAGUUAAAUAAUGAACCAUGUCCAGAAUUAAUUUAUAUUUGGUUAGGUGAAAUACCUGUGUAUUUAAUAAUGUUUGGUUUAACGGUUAUUGUUGCACGACUACUUUACACCAUAUAUAUUGUAUUAAAUUUUGUUAAAACAAACAAGUAGACUGGGUAAUUUAUGGACAUCAUUUUCAUGUAUGGAACACAUAUGUCUCUCAUACAUCACAUAAAAUCGUUUUUUUUUUAAUUUACUGUCAAUGUAGAUUGAAUGUUACAUUUUGUUGUUAAACAAUAA